AUGGGAGUGGUUAGUAAAGGAACAUUUUUGUUCAGAAAGUUUUCAGGCAAGGAAGCAACAGGAAGUGCAGCAAAUCGAGCUAAGUUGAAGAUGCUUCAUCAUUAUUUUGGGCGGAAAAGAUGGCAAUCCACGGAUUGGCAACAAUUUUUCUUUGAGACCCGUAAGAAAGAUAACAAGCUUGUUGAACCUGAAGCAAUUGAAAAACAUGCUCAAAUCGAAGAAAUAGUUCAAGCUGAUCCAUCUCUACCUAGCAUAGAGAUUGUAGAAAAAUGUUGUGGACCUCAAACUCGUAGCCAUGUGUUUGGAUUUGGGGGUGGAGUGAACGCGAAAGACUUGAAAGGUGGAACUUCUUCAAAGGCUGAAUUACUGUCCGCGCUACGUUCAACUCGAGAAGAAAACAAAUCUUUGAAUGAGGAAAACAAAUCCUUGAAUGAGCGCUUGUCUACCUUAGAAGAUAAGAUGAAAGAAAUGAGGAAAAUGAGAGAGUACUUCACUGCUCAACAAUCACAUGUCCCGCUUACGACGACAUCGCCUAUUUCAACUGAAUGA